AUGAACAAGAUCCUGGCUCUGGGUUUGCCAGCCCUGCUCUGCUUAGCAACGGCAGACCCUCUCCAGUGCAACGGCUGUUUCAGGCUGUCACAGGACGGCAGCUGUAAGAUAGGCCAAUACACCUGCACGGCAACUCUAAACGAAUCCUGCUUCACCCGCAAAAUCACCACUGGAAAUGAGAUCCUGCGGGUGGAGCGGGGCUGCACUGUGAUCUGCGAUGACCUAGUGCUCAACGACUACAAGGAGAUCACCCAGUGCUGCAUGGACAGAUCCUUCUGCAACGUCCACAACCCCUGGCCCCAAAUCCCCCAGGAGGAUUAA